CAGCCAAUGAGCAGACACAGAGCCACUACACAGACAAAGAGGAGCGCCCGUACACAUUCACACAGACAGCACUGUCAGCCAAUCAGCUUCUACUAUUCCACAAGUAGGCGGGGCACGCGGCUCAUGAAUAUCCAACAUGAGCGCUCGGUGGGCACAGAGAACAAGGGGCUUGUGUAGUGUUGUUUUUGCAUCCUAAAGAUAUUGACAAACAGGCCUGAAAUCGGCACCGUCAGUGAAAACAAAGGGAGAUCCGCGCGUGUGUGAGAGAUCCUGUUGCAUCCCGGUGCAGGAGGCGGAAGAGGAGGCUCGGUACCGUUAGGGAACAUCGCCCCGGUGUGCUCGCAGCGUAGCAGGGAACAAUGUCAGGCAAAGCAGCGCUCAAGCCGAGCGGUGCCGUCGUUACAGCGGCUCCGCAGAAGUCCUUUCCGUUUGUGUUGAAGAAGAUCAUGGACAUCCCUCCUCCUAACAUCCUGGAGGAAGGCGAGGACGAAAUAGAGAAAGAGAAGCUGUGCUCAUCUGAGGAUGUGGAGGGAGGCGGGGCCGGAGCAGCCAGUGCUGGUGGAGGUUCCAGAGGAGGAGGCGGCGGUGGCGGCGGCGGUGGUGGUGGCGGAGGCGUAUCAGCCUCCUUGACCCCAGCCAUUUGGGAGAAGACCAUCCCCUACGAUGGGGAGACCUUCCACUUGGAGUACAUGGACCUGGAUGAGUUCCUCCUGGAGAACGGGAUCCCCGUGAGCCUGGAGGAGGAGGAGCUGCAGAAGACGCUGGCCUCAGUGGGAGUCAAAGGCAAAUCCGUCCCCAAGGUUACUCCUGCAGCUACCACUACUCCUCCUGCUGCUGAUGCUGCUGAGGCUGAAGCCACUGUCCCCACCUCAGCAGCUUCCCCCUCUGUCUCCGCCACCUCCACGGUCACCUCAGACCCAGAGGAAACGGUGACCGUCACCACGUUACAACCAGCUAAGCUAGAGGAGGAGGAGGAGGAGGAGGAGGAGGAAGAGGAGGAAGGACAAGAAGAGGAGCCAGAGGAGGCGACAGCAGAAGUGACAGAGAAGAAAACAGAUCGCAGCCCCGCAGAGCGCAACACGCCCUCCCCCAUCGACCCAGAUGCCAUUGAGGUGGACAUUAACUUCCAGCCGGACCCAACAGACCUGGUCCUGUCCAGCGUGCCGGGGGGAGAGCUGUUCAACCCGCGCAAACACAAGUUCUCUGAGGAGGAGCUGAAACCGCAGCCGAUGAUCAAGAAGGCCAAGAAGGUGUUUGUUCCUGAUGAGCAGAAGGAUGACAAAUACUGGUCCAGGAGAAAGAAGAACAACGUGGCAGCAAAGCGUUCUCGCGACGCACGGCGGCUGAAGGAGAACCAGAUCACAGUGCGCGCCUCCUUCCUGGAGCGGGAAAACGCUGCGCUGCGGCAGCAAGUGGCCGAGCUGCGGAAGGACUGUGGCCGCUGCAAGAACAUCCUGACCCGGUAUGAGGCGAAGUACGGCCCGCUGUAAAGAACUCAGAACAAAACCCACGACGUAAUCAAUGAGACAAAAAGGAGAACUCCCUUCCCCGCAGAAUUCAACACAGACACAAACACCAAGGGAAUCUAAAUUUGCACUGUCGUCUUCGCUGACCUCCAGUCACUGUGUCAAGCUCCAGUCGUUGUUUCAAUGCUGGAGUUUCGGAUGCACACUGGCAGGCGGUGAGACAUGAUGGGAGCGGUGGUCACAGGAAGGCCUGUGGAGAGCGCCUGGCUCCUACACUCAGAGAGGAAGGGGACGAUUGUGGACACUCCCAUGGUCAAACACACAUGGAUAAAUCUGAUCUGUCUUAAGACGGUCUCAAGAAAGUCAGGAAAUAAGCAAAGAGCAGACUGGUACAAAAGAAUCACAGGCUUUUAAAUACUUACACAAAUCAGUUUUUAUCACUGCACAGCACUUCUUCUUAGUGGACCAAAGCAUGAUCGAGUAACGUCAGUUAGAAGUCCUGUAUUUAGAACAGUGCACACAUGCCGCCCCUCACAUUUCCUUGUGUUGCACUCAUGUUUGUGUCUGUACUUCCUUUAAAAAUACUCCGGCUGAGGCUCAGAUGAAGGAUGUUCGUUAACUCACGGCAGGGCAGGAGAGAGACAGACGGGAUAAAGGAGGCAGAUUCAAAGCGGUACUUCCAGCCUGAAGAGAGCGGAGGCACAGACCUCAGGUCAGCAGAGGAGAAACAGAUUAGUGGUGUGAUUCAGUCACAGUUCUUCCUUCUUGUAACCCACAUGCACGCCUCUGCGCACACAAAAACUGUUUGUAUAUAUAGUCAUCUCCCUGCACCACAUAGAUAUGUGCGUGUAUCCGUGUGUAAUCCAUUUUUGCACUUUCUCUUAAAAACAGAUUAUAGUGGUGGCAGACUUUAUUUACCACCACGACGGGAGACACAGUAGCGUAUUAGGGAAAAAAAACAUGCAUGACCUAAAAUUUAAAGCUACUGUGAUGUAGUUUGCUUUUCUACUAACCUCAGACCAGAGCCUCACACAAGAUUUUAUCAAAGACUUUGGGUUUCCUUAAAAAGAUAUUUUAAAAUGAAGAGUUUUUUCUGUCGGUUCCUUUUUGAAGGCGUAACGUGUGAUGAUCUCCAGGGCCCUCACUGGUGGAGGGGUAUGUUAAUACGUAGGGUUGUUUAUUUUACUGCACACCGCAGGUAGAGGGCGCUAGAGCCACUGCCUGCCCGGUCUCGGUGUAGUGAUGGCUGGAUUGAUUUUUAAAAAGAGAAAACAUUAGCCAGGCCCAAAGUUGACUGCUUCUAAUCCUUGUAAAUAAAUGAUUGUCUCAUGGUCUUUAUUCCCUCAGACGGGGAUUCUGACCGUGUCUUUAUUAACCCAAUACUAUUCCUUAUAUUUGCCAAAUAGUCAAUGAGUGCUGUAUUUAUUCUGAUGGUAAUAAUGCAUCUGUUGAUUGUGAUGUACAACAAUAUGUCAGAUAAUUAUUUCCUCUGAGGAACAAUACUUGUAACGAAACCAAUGCAGGGAAAUCAAUGGGUAAACUGUGCUUUUGGAUGUUUGUUUUAAAAACAGAUUUAUAUAGUUUUAUGGGAUUUUUUUUCCUCUCUAUACACACACAGCAUGUGUCUAACUCUCAAAGGAGAGGGCACACUCUUAUUUACCUCAUCCAACACUUCCUGUUUUGAAUGGUUAAGCGUUCCGUAGGGCUACAAAGUGGUGUUGGUUGAAACAGAGAGCACAUAAAAAGCAGCUUAGUUCCAUUUGGCAAAACUCCGAGUUUAUAGUUCUUUUUAUUUUUUGCUAAACUGGCUGUGUCUAAAUUAGUAAAUACAUUACAGACUGUUAUGGGACUCUAUAUCUCAAGUGUCUUUGGCUGAUGCACAUUUUGCGAUCAGUCGGCUUGUGCUCAUAAUCACCGUAAUCUUGGAAAGAAAAAUAAAUGUGGCAAUAAUACUCUGUUAUUUUAUGCUCGUUUUAUUUCAGUGAUGAUGUUGUAUGUAAAAUUGCUAUGAUGUACUAAAUAGAAAAUGCCCCCAAAGUCAUUUGUGCUUCCAGUUCAGAUCCUCUGUAGUCUAGGAUCCUAAUGCAUGAAACCCUGUCAACUUGUCUUUUGUUUUGUUUUUUCUUGAAUAUUUUACACCAAGUGUACUUAUGUCUGUAAACCAUCACUGAAAACUAGAUAUGUUUUUGAUGGGGAGGUCGGUGGUCUAUUGUACAGUUCCGUCAAAAGAAGAAAAGCAGAACAUCUUUGCUGUGAUGUCCUGUGUUUAUGACUUGCAUAAUGGCGCCACCUAUCCCUGUGCAGCCAGUGCUUGACCUUGGGACGAACGUCAGCUGAAAACAGCAUCUUUUGAUCACUGUGUGGAUUGUUUUCUAUUUACUAUAUAAGAUUGAUCUAUAUCUAGAUACAGUACACUGGAUCAGUCAGUGAUUUUGUGUUUUUCUCGCUAGGCUCUGUGUUCGUUCCAGUUUCCUGAUGGUGUAGUGUGAGACAUUACCUAGCAACGUGUUUUAUGUUGCAUUGACAUUCAAACUCGGCGUUGACUGUGGUCGAUGGAUGCAAAUUUUUGGUUAAUUUUGAACCAAAUUAACGAAAGGUACAGGCUAAGACGGUCUUUUAGAGGACACAAAUCAAGAUUGUUUAUAGUUCUGCACACAGUAGCAAUCUCUAUUUUAAUUGAAGCACCUGUUUUCUUCUUGUGUUCUUUUAUUCAACACUUCUUGUGCUGUUAGUAGAAAUUAAAACAAUUGUUUCAGAGCAAAAUUCAGUAACCUGUAACCUCCAUUUAUGACUUAAAAUUAAGCUUCAUCGGGCACUACAUCAUUAGAGAAUUGAGCAUGAAAGCAUUAAUUGACAUGCCCAGAGUGAAGCCAGUAAACAUAGAUGUGUCGGGACAACUAAAAUCAUUAAUUCUCAUGUCAAAUAUUUUGCGUAACGCACAAAACCUGUACGAAAAACUGUAGUUGUACCACUCUGCCUGCAGGUGGCGCAUGUUUGAGAGCUCUGUUGUUUCCUUUACCUGUAGAUGGUGCAAAAUAGCGUCUACAUCCGAACUAGCGUUGUCAAAUAUAUCAGUUUAUCGAUUUGUAUUGAUUCUGAAUAUUUAAAACGGUUUCAGUACUUAUUUUCCGCAGUAUUGAUACACCAAAACCAGCUGCGCUUUCUUGCUUUCUCUUAUUGUUAAUGUUUACCACAAUCAUUCUGCUGUUCUCUGCUACUAAUCAAGUAAAGGAAUGUUAUUAUGUCAUAUCGUUUAACACAAAUUUAACGCCCUGAGUGUCAAUUUUCCCCAAGGUCGGUAUUUUUCAAGGUGUUAUAUCGAAGUUAGCAACUCCAGUAUCGUGACAACACAAGUCUGAACUGCUGUUUUCAGCUUCUGGCCUGAAACUGUUGGCACUGGCUUUUUGGGUGCUGCACAUCAAUGACACAGCGUCCUUGUUUGCUAUUCAAAGUAGCUACAAUACUCCUGAGGAAGAAAAAAAAAUAUUUAAAAGUCUAUUGAUUUUUAACGUUUUGUUUGUUAUGUGGUGUUUUUGCUUUACUUUCUCUUUUUAUAUAAACAUAUAUGUUUUUGUUAGGUGUUUUUGUAUUGUCUUUGAUCAUGUAUGGGAUACAUGCAACUGCAGUACCAUGUCCUAACUGUAUCUUGUAUCAUGCAAUUGAAAUAAAUUGGGAUUUAAUGACA